AAUAGUAAUAACAAUAAUAAUAAAGGAAAGAAGGAUGAUGAUUGAGUAAAAGAGAGGAGAAGAGCAUCGAUGCGUCCACGUGUCAAGAAGUCAAUGAGUACAAAGUCCAAAGAUCAUCUCCUCAACAGGAUUCCGAUCUCCUCUUCCCGUUUGCUUUCCCCAUAAAAACUAAUUCCAAAUCCUCCUUUCUCUUUCUCUCUCUACUGUUCUUCAUCCUCUGCUUCCCCUCUCACUCUGUUUCUGUUUCUGUUUCUGUUUCUGUUUCUGUUUCACAGCAAUUCAUGGAGCUUUUCCUCUUAAUUCCCUUCAAUUCCCUCUCCACCUCCCUUUGACUUUCCGUCCGUAUCUCAUGGCCCCCCUCCCUCAUUGCCUUCUUCUCCUCGCUUACUCCUUCUUCUUCUUCUUCUUCCUCUUUUUCUUCCAUCCCGUCUACGCCAGCCCCGGCGAUUCUGAUCCCAUUUACAAGGAUUGUGUGGUGCAGUGUGAGAAAUCUGGGUGUGCUGGUGACAAAUGUUUUCAACAUUGCAAAUUCUCGUCGGAUGGGAAGCCUGUGGAUGGUCCAUGGUAUCUGCAGGAACCUUUGUAUUUACGCUGGAAACAGUGGGACUGCCAGACCGAUUGUAGGUACCACUGCAUGCUUGCUAGGGAGGAAGAAAGAAGUAAUGUUGGUGAUAAGCCUGUCAAAUACCAUGGAAAAUGGCCAUUUAGGCGAGUCUAUGGCAUUCAGGAGCCAGUUGCAGUUGCUCUUGCUAGCCUCAAUCUUGCCGUGCAAUUUCAUGGCUGGAUAUCUUUUUUCAUUCUUAUAUAUUACAAGCUUCCAUUGAAGCCUAAUAAGAAGACCUACUAUGAGUAUACAGGGUUAUGGCAUAUCUAUGGAAUCUUAGCUAUGAAUUCUUGCUUCUGGAAUGCUGCAUUUCACUCUAGAGAUGUGGAGUUGACUGAGAAGCUGGAUUGUUCUUCAGCUGCGGCAUUUAUUGGAUUCUCCCUAAUUGUAGCAAUACUGCGAGCCCUUAAUGUGCGGGUUGAGGCUGCUAGAGUUAUGGUCUCUGCUCCAAUUAUCUCAUUCGUGACAACCCACAUCUUAUAUCUCAACUUCUACAAACUUGAUUAUGGUCUGAAUACUAAGGUCUGCCUGGUGAUGAGCAUUACUCAACUUCUCAUUUGGGCAGUUUGGGCUGUUCUUUCGCGCCAUCCCUCGCAAUGCAAGUUGUGGAUGUUAGUCUUUGGUGGGGCGGUUGCGAUGCUCUUGGAGGCCUUCGAUUUCCCUCCAUAUGCAGGAUAUGUGGAUGCUCACGCACUCUGGCAUGCAACUUCAAUUCCUCUUUCAUAUAUUUGGUGGAGUUUUGUGAGGGACGAUGCUGAAUUUAGAACUGCUGCACUUCUCAAGAAAGCGGAGUAAUCAGAUGGAGGAAUUUCUCUAAGCAAUUUCAUUUGAAUGUUAGUUCAUCGACACUCUGGUAGGUUCCCUUGUUUUUUCUGGUGUUGCUUGGUGAGUAGCGCAAUGUUACCCUGAAAUGUUCUUUGUAUAAGGGUAUUUGAAUAUCAGGACCAAUAAGUUUUCUUUUCUUCUCGCCCUGUUUUUUACUUCUUGGUCCUGAGAAAUUUGUUGGUCAUCAGAUAAAAGCCCCACAGCACCAGGCCAGUUAUUCCCAUUGUAAACAUCCAAAUAUUUUGCUGAUAUCAGCGGUUUAUGUUAUUCUGCAGUUCACAUGUGGCUGCUUGAUGUUUGUUUCACA